AUGUGCAUUGAUUACCGCCAGUUGAACAAGGUCACCAUCAAGAACAAGUACCCGUUGCCUCGUAUUGAUGAUUUGUUCGACCAGCUGCAGGGUGCCAGGGUGUUCUCUAAGAUUGACCUGAGGUCAGGAUAUCAUCAGUUGAAGAUUCGGGACUCGGAUGUUCCGAAGACUGCAUUCCGGACUAGAUAUGGCCAUUAUGAGUUUCUAGUGAUGUCCUUUGGCUUGACCAAUGCGCCAGCAGCAUUUAUGGAUCUGAUGAACAGGGUAUUCAGGCCUUAUAUUGAUUCCUUUGUCAUCGUCUUCAUUGACGACAUCUUGAUAUACUCGCGUAGCCUGGGGAAGCACGAGCAACAUUUGAGAGUAGUGCUUCAGACCUUGCGAGAGCAGCAGCUGUAUGCUAAGUUCUCCAAGUGUGAGUUUUGGCUCGAGUCAGUGGCAUUCUUGGGGCAUGUAUAUUCCGAUCUCUAUGGUUGCUAUUUGACGUGUAAUCUGAAGCUUGAGCUGAAAAUCAAUGAUAAUCUCGGUUUUGUAACCAUUACAUGGCUUCGAAGUUUGUUUAAUGCACUUGUCAAAGCAUGA